GUGCAUGAAUGCUUUGAACAAACUGACGCCACUGGGACAUUUGCAAUGGUGUUUCCAAAUGCUUCACAGCUUUUGAGAGCGCGAAAUGGCUUGGGGUACUUGACCAUCAUUUCCAUUCAAUUUGGUGUUCAGCCAUUGCUUGUGAAGCAGUUUAUAGACAAGCAAUGCAUGACAAGUUCAGUUGUCCUUUGUGCUGAAAUGGCCAAAGUAGUGGGCUGCUUGUUCAUCAUGUUUUCCGACGAAACAGGAAAGCGCUGUUUUAGCAAUUGGAAAAUGCAGGAUUGUCUAGUGGCAGCAGGCAUUCCAUCGGUUACCUAUCUCAUACAGAACUACUGUGUACAGGUUGCGUACCAAAAUCUGGAUGGCGUGGUUUUCAAUGUCCUAAAUCAGUCCAAGGUGCUGUUUACUGCGCUCUUCUCCUUUCUCCUGAACGGCAGGACUCAGUCCUCCUACCAGUGUGUGGCUCUGCUCCUGGUCACCGCCGGUGGCAUUUUAGUCAGCCUGCCGGGUGGAUCAGUAUCUGAUGGCGAGCACCAGGAGAACCGUCCCUGGGGACUCUUUUGUGCUGUCUUGGCCAGUGGCCUCUCUGGGUUAGGCAGCGGCAUCACCGAAUGGGCCUUGCAGAAACAUGGACGCAACAGCUUCCUCUUAUCCCUUGAGCUGGCCAGUAUGGGAUGCAUAAUCCUCAUCCUUACCUUGCUGCUGGGUUUGUCACCGGACGCUGUGAGGAUGAAGGAGAGCGGCUUUUUCCUUGGCUGGGAAGUAACAACAGUGAUUCCAGUACUCACUCAAGGUCUCUCUGGGAUCAUCGUGGGAAUUGUCACGCAGCUAGCUGGCGGUGUGCGGAAGGUGAUGGCAACCAUUUGUGGCUUGAUCCUCACUUGCUUGCUUCAACAGAUCCUGCUGGGCAUGCACCUCUCGUACGAAACUUGUGACAUCUGUCGUGACAUCGAGAGUGACCUUCUGGACCCGGUCCACUGUGCCCCAGGUGGUCAGUUCUGGCAGCGGUCACUGAAGACCAUGGACUGCUGUGCUUCAACAUUACUGUUGGAUGAUUUGGUGCCACUGCAUUGUUUGAAAUGCUCAGGCGAGCUACCCUCCGCGCACGCAGUCACGGAUACGUUGCCAGCGCCUCCCAUCACCCCGCGAGGACAACGUCGAGGUUUGGAAGUCCUGUCGCGGCCCAAAGGUUCCAGCGAAGCUUUGGACUUCCUUCGGGCGCUGGCCAAACGCUUCUCGAAGGAUCUCAUUCUGCGAAGGAUGCUGAAGCAAUGCCUGGCAGGCAGCCUGGAGAAAACAAGUCGGUCAGCUGAUGCUGGAGACUAUGACUUGCUGCUCGAGACAAAGGUCUUAAAGCGUGCAUGUCCUGACAAGACUCCUCGAGCAGCAGAAGGUUUGACUGAAGGAAGAUUGAAAUUGAAAGAUCCUCCAGGUCAGAACGAGGGGUCCUUCCAGCUGUGGCUCAACGCCGACAGCGAGCGAGCAGGAAGGUUUGUAAAUUUACUGCAAACAGCUGGGCAAGUGAGCCAAAAGAUGGAGAAGUUGAUGUGGAAGAGAGCGCGGGAGUGUCACAAAAGGGGCGCUCGUUUGUGUAGCACUGGCCCUGUGGUGCCUGCAAGGUCCAGAAAGGAGCAUGACAUUCCUGCUUUCUACUUGGUCGAGGACACGUUUGCUCAGAUUUGCCGCAAAUUUGGUGCACACGAGGCUUAUGUUCGAUUUGGCCCUUCAUACUUGUCGAGCACAAGCCAUGCCAACACAGAUGUUGCCUUCUUGAUGGACAGGUCUUUCCACGCCAUGGAGCUUGGUGGCGCGAUCAUUGACUGCCCCACUCAGCAUGCAAUCUGCAAGGCUUCAAGCAACGAGCAAGAGUCCUACAAAGCCCUGGAAGUGCAAAAUGGGUGGCAUCCACAGAUUGCCCUGGAAGAAUUCCAUGCCGGUGGAUCUUGGUGGGAAGUGGACUUGGGACGGCUACACAGCUGUGGUGGUGUACGUCUUCAGUGGAUUCUACCACAACUGAAAGAGGUGAAGUACGAAACCCGAUUUGUGCUGCGAUCAGACCUAAGAUUGGAAGGUGGCCUUGGCCUGCCCAUCAAGGUUGCAGAUGUAGCUCAUGGUGGACCAGCCUUUAUGGCCGGCGUGCAACCUGGUGAUGUGCUUCAACUGGAUGCGGGAGGCGAUGGUGAUGAGAAGUUCUUGGAGCAGCCUCCCAUGGUGGUCUUAACUCAGCUACAAGAAGACGCGGUGCAGCAACCCCUGCGCCUCUUUUUCAAGGCGCCCCAGAUGGAGCCGAUGGGUGGAAGCCUCAAGCAGAAACUCAAGGUGACGAUCUUGGCUUCCAAAGCUGGAGAGAAGCUGGAGCAGGUCCAAGAACAGGAGAUCACUGUGUCAGAGAAGCCUUGCGUUGUGCCCGCUUUCUUUGUGGGACGGCAAGUCCGGUUGCAAUUCGGCGGUGCGUGGCCACAGAUGGCUGGCAAGGCAUUAUCAGUGUCUGUGGGAAUCCUGAAGGUGUGGCGCCUGGCACCUCCACUUUUCAGACAGCGCUUUCUGGACAUCUUCCGAAAGCUGGAGAGGAAGAGCCAAAAGGCGGGAAAGCUUCCACCAGUGCCAAGGUUUUGGUCGACAGCAGUGCAUGGCCAGAGCUUCAACAUGGUGAUCAACAUGGACAUUGUCAGAAAACUGCGAAAAAGCCAUGACUUCAAGGGGGACGAGCAAGGGGCCUUGCUGAAGAUGGCAGUCAAAGAUAAGAAGGAAUUUCACGUUUUGCAGACCGACGAGACGAUGGCGUUGCGUCAGCAUCUCUUUGCUAAGGAUGAGGAUGUUCGGGAGUGUACCUUCCAUCCCCAAACUGCGGCCAACGUGCCACGACACGUGCUGGCAGAGCGGGAUAGGAUCUCUGAUCGCAUGGACCCGGAGAAGAUCACCAGCAUCGAGGAUUUCGUCAAGGAGAUUGGCGAAAAUUACGAUGGUCCAAAAUAUGCCAAGUACCGUCACGUGCGCAGGCAUCAUAUGCUGUCGCAGGCAAAAUCGCAGUAUUUCAAAGGUGCUUUGAAUGACGCGCUGACGAAAUUGAAAAGCAGUUUUGGAGUGCAGCAGAUCUUGGAUCGCUUCCGGUGUCAUCACAAGGGUUGUGGAAAACAACUGGACACCAGUCAAAAUAUCAAGAAAUGCGACCGUUGCUCUGGUUUCUAUUGCGCACAGCACAAGUCCAAAACCGUGCACAACUGCGAAGUUAUGAAGGAACAGAUCAAGGCUAAGGCCAAAAAAGAAGCCGAAGAAGUUGGAGAAGGUGACAAGAGUCGGCCACCAGAGGAGAAUUUCGACAACAAAGUGGAGUUUGGACUCCUCUUAGAGGCACGUGACCUUGCAGAGAACAUCAUCACGGCCUUAAAUAAGAAGGAGAAGGAAAAGGUUGGACUUGAGCACCUGGGGCAGUCCUUGGCCUCUUUCGGAGCAGUAAGGAUUUUGGAGAGGCCAUUCAGGAAGCAGAUGUGUCAAAGUGCCCUGGAGCGCCGCAGAAGCUCAUCACAGACGGCUACAGCCAAGGGCAGAGCUCCUACACCUACACCUCGCCUCGGUAGCCGCUCCAGCAGUGUGGAUGUCAAGUGCAAGUGCUCCAAAGCACAUAGCCCAUCUGAGCUGCGAUUUCCAGCAGCUGAAUCAGUCUCACGCCGAGUUGCUUGGGUGAAAGAGGCCAUCAAUCAAGCGAGUAAGUUGUCGGACGUGCGACCCAACUCUGCUGCCGAACGCAGCAAGAGAAAGAAAGAGGAGGAGGAAAGAAAGAAAGCACCACCGCCUCCACCAUUGCCGGACAAAGGUACUGUCAAGCCACGCGCCCGAUCAAAGCCAAGCGCCACUGUGAAGUUGGAAAAACUCCUGAAGGAGAAGGCGGCAGAUCUUCAGCACGCCUUCGGCUUAUGCUGUGAAGCUCGGGUGAAGUUGGAGGCAAACCUCGUUGCAGAUGCCGAGCAGCUGAUACAGCAGGCCAAGCAUUUGGCUGAAGAGAGUUUGAAGGAGGCGCUGGCUGCAGCACCUCAGCAAGGUGACGCUGGCAAGGAGGGUCAAGCUGCAGUUCGACAUGUCGAAAAGCAGGAGCUUCGGCAGAUGCGAGUGUCACUGCAACAAGAGGCUCAAGAGACCGUGGAGUUGUGCACAAUGCUUGAGGAAGAGGUGCAGAUGCUUAGGCAUCAGCUCCUCCGUCCACCGGCACCGCCGGUUCCGCGCCUGCCCUCACCGCCGCCGAGACCCCCGCAGUGGUCACCACCGCCAGGCUCGGCUCUCUGGCCACCACCAUCACCAACUGUGGUCAAAGCUCUGCAAGAUGAUGCUGCUCUCAUGCGGCUCCUUGUCAACGCGUGCGAGAUUCCACCAACCACUGUCACAGGUCCUCAAAAGCGAGAGAUGUGUUUGGAGUUCUUGGAGGCUGGCGUCUGUGCUAAGGAGCAGAAUUGCCCGUUCGCGCACAACCCGGAUGAGCUGCAUGGCUAUGAAGCUCGAUGGAGCCCCGGAGAGUUCAACAGCGCUCAACAUGUAGCAGACAUUGACCAGAUGCGACUUCAAGCGGAACAGCAGCGCCAGCAAGAGCGAUUGGCACAACAAGCAGCCUGCGCUGUAGUUUCUGAUCGAUCUGCAGCUGCUGAAGAUGAUGUAUCAUUGAGAGGAUUGGUGGAGACCAGCUUCCCAGCUACACGAUGA